GGGAAAAAGUCUUUUGUGUGAACUUAUGCGGUGAGAUCGGUAAAGCUACGGUUGAGGGGAAAGGGGGGAGUUGUAGUCCGGUUUAGUUCACCGCUAGAGAGCUAGGGGCGCUAGUAGCAGCUUCCUGGCGCGGCGCGGAGCGUUGAGCUGAUGGUGUGUGCAGUUUGGCUGACGGCUGGCUCUUUGAUGGAGGACGUUGUCACAACAGAUUGCGUCAGAGAAAGUUCUGUGAUGUGCCUUAAUACAAUCGUAAUUCGUUUAAUUUUAUCAUCUGACAUUGUUAGUGUUACAGAGACUGGUAUCAAACGGGAAACGCUGCUCAGGUGAUGAGGAGCAUAUUAAGAAUAACAAAAUAUUUCCAGCAAUAAUAGACGAUAAUUUCCUUUGUACGGUAUGUGUAACAAUGCAUGAUAACAUAAAUAUUUUUCAGGCUGCGUGUAUAAAGACUAUUAGAAGAAGUUUGACUGGUAAUUAAUGGUUCGGUGACGUAAUUAAAAAACGAAGUCAAGAUAAUAUGCAUGUAUGCGUGUGGUUGUGUUGUGGAAAAUAGUUUCAAAAGUUUGGUUUCGCGGUUUUUGCUUUGUAUAUGUUGUUUUAUUCUUUAAUCUAACCUUACAUUAUCAUAUUAUAAAUCUGUCAUAUGUUGCUGGCUUUAAAACUUCCACGUAGUCAGUGCUACACCAUAACCUUACAUUGAAGAAGCUCCUUAUGGGAAUAUACGUGCUGGUAAUAGGUCCAUAAUAGGAAGUCUAUGAUAAAAGGAGUGUACAGUGUGAGAAGUCGUUCGGAAUUGUUUAAAAAGUGACUUGUACAAAACAGGAACAAUAAAUAAGUGAAAAUAGAGAGGGCAGGGAGGCCGAGUGUUGGAUUAUUGGAUUAUUCGUGUGGCAGAGGAUACGUGCUUUCGUUGGAAUGAAGUUCAGUUCAUUGCAGUAGGAGAUUACAAGAAUCAGGUAUGCAUACGUGUCGUCGUAGCGACUAGUUAACCUACGACGUGCUGCGAGCGUUUCAAAAGACAUUAGCAAGUGCGAGGACUCUACGAAGAAAACCACGACGUCUUCCUUGCGAAGUCCCGCGGUUGGCGUUGGAGACGGAGGGAUGAAGCCUGUUGCGGGCUCAGUCGUCGGUAACAGCUGCAAUGGAGGAUCUCACAACAACUCCACUGACGAUGACCUGUUGUUUGGUACGUCAAGUCCUAGAAAUUAUGGUUCUAGCUUUUGCAGUAGUGGGAAGUCAAGGCCUACCAUGAUCAGUGCAAAGUACAGACUGAAAGAGGAACGUCGUAAAGUUCUUAAGAUUUCCAUCGGCAAGCUGAAGAAGAUUGAAGAUCCUGAGAGUUCGCUUUGGAGAUCCGUUCUCAUAAACAAUACGAUGAAGAGACUUCAGAAAGAAGCCAGAGAUGAGAAAUUGCAGAAACAGCAACUUCAGUCGUAUCCAACUCGUUGUUAUGCUUCGUCGACAUUGGCGACCUCAGCUUUCACCAUGAAGGAUGACUCACUAGAAGAUGCGAGUAGUGCUUCUUCUAUCUGUUCCACAAGAACGUCACUCGAUGAAAUGCCUUCCAUCACAUCACCAGCGAUCCACGACCUACCAUCACCCCUCACUAACGAUGUAGACAAAGAGAACACUUCUCCGUUCUCACCCUCGUUGUUGUCAUCUUCCCCAAUGUCCCCAGUCUCAACACCGACUUUUGAGAACGCAAGUUCCAAGCCGGACAGUGGCCAUGAGGACUUCGUCAAAUCUCCGGAUGCUGGUCAGAGACUAGCUGCAUCUGACUGUCUUUGCGAUGAGACCAUGAGUGAUCUUGUCGAUGAUGUCGCUGGUACCACAGAACUUCCUGCCAUAACUGGAAUGGAAACCUGUGAUCCCUCCAGCAGUAACCGAUGUUCUGGUACCUUCACUUCGAGGAAACGUCCCUUCGAUGAAGUUGAGGAUUGUGAUGUUCAAGAUGUUCUCAGCCAAUUCUACAUGCCACCUACUCCGAGGAUGCUAACUUCUAUUGACGAUACUGACGAUGAAGAUGAAGAUGUCAAUGUGGUUGAUAUCGAUAUAGCAACUUCUUCAGCGCCGAUGUCGCCUCUGUCUCUCUCUCUUGUCCAUCAGGAAGAAUCAACGUCCAGUAGUUGCAAACGUCCAAGGUUUAGUGAUGGCGCCGAUGAUCUUGUCAUCGAUGUAGAUCCCAUUAAGGAAUUAGAACUCGGCAGGACCAUAGAUGAGGAAACGUCUUGUCCAGUACCAUCAUCACCCAUAUCAGAGGCUCCAGUCACUUCUGAUAGGUUAAUAAGGAUAUCAGCUGAUGUCAGUUCUAGAGACCUCGAUGACCAGGAGGACAUCGAAGUUGUCCUUGAGGACAGUGAAGAUAUUCAAAGGAGAUUAUUACUGUGUAGUGCAACGUCGUCUACGGCUGUACCAAGUACAUCGCCGUCUUCAUGCUGGGGUUCGUCGUCUAACAAUAUUAGAGUCAGAACUAGUGAACAGACAUAUGUUUCGCCUAUGGUGACGUCAUUACAGACAACAGACGCUUUGGGAGGGAUUGAAGAUGAGAGUUCUCAUCCUCAUUUGAGGUUUAGUAGGAACUUACCAGUCGAUUCUAAGACGGCGUUGUCAGCAUGUAACACGAAUGGUACAUAUUGUGGGAUUACAAAUGGAAGUAACAGUUCCACAGCAGUCAGUGGUAGUAAUAACAACGGUUCUAUGAUGAUUGAUAGUACAGAACAGCACCAGUAUUCCUGUGGUCAUUCGUCUAUUUUUAGUGAACUUCAAUCCAUCGUGUUUCAUAGCCUAAUAGCGUCUCUGGAGUCAUAGCAAUAUCUGAAUGGUAAUAGGUGCUGUUACUUAAGAUACUAGAAAGGAAGGAAUAUAAGAAGAAAUGCCUCGUGAUUUAGAACCGCUGGGUGUUUUGAUUAAGCUCAGUUCUGAUCGACGUGUGACGUAGCGUAGAAAACACCGGGCGGCCAUUUUGUUAGCGCAACAACACAAAUCAAAAUGGCGACUGAAAAAGAUUGUGAGGAAAGGGACUUAAAUGUCAGUGUUCUUUUAUUUUUUCUCGUAAGACAGCGUAGAAACUUGCAUCGUGUCCUACUUUUGUGACACCAAGGGUACUAUUUUAGACUAGUAUGAUCUAAUUUGUCAUUUGUCAAAGAAUUUGAGAGUCAGAUUUAAUGGAAAAACAACAUAGUUACGGAUAUAUUGAAAUGUAUGUAAUGUGUACGUAUUAGUAGUAUAAUUAGUGGUAGUACGAGUUCGAUUACAGCAGAUGAUUUCACAGUCUGUGGCCAGCACCGACUCAGAGAGUGUCAUUUUCGUAACAAAGUUUUUAAUAAGUCCAUAUUGUAAUUAAAUAAAAAAAUAAUAUAUAAAAUAUAUUAACAGCCUUUAUGAAAAGGGCCACAUAUAUAAAUAAAUAUAUAUAUAUAUAUAUAUAUGCACAUGCAAAUACUGUUAAAUAUAUUGUCAAGUGCCAGAAAGAAAAUUUACUGAUGAAAGAAAGUUUAUUCUAAAUGUGUUUGAGAAUAUUUUACAGAAAUAUCAGCUGGGAAUAAUAAAUAAAAUAAUACAAAAGAAAUUCGUAUGCAGAAACAUUUAAAAGUUAUUUUUCUCCCAUCUUUUGUUUUUUUGGAAAUGUAUAUUAAAUGUUUUCUGUGUGUCUUUAAAUACUAAAGCGAAUUGGUGACGUUAGUACGUAGUUGGGACGAGCCAUUUUGAGUACAGAAGAAUGUAUGUUUGCUUUUUAAUAAAAGAUUUCUGCUUUAUCGAGUGUUCUCAGCAUUUGCGGAUACUUAUCAAAGGUGCUUGGUAGAUAUUUUUAUAGAGCAUAUCUUGUAUGUAAUUUUAAAUCUUUUGAGAAAAAAUUCUGUGACUCCCGAAAAUCACGAAUCGACCAAAUAGCAUACAAUGAAGAGAUAUUUUAUAAUGGAUCGUUCUCACCCCACUUUCAUGACGCAUAAAAUUUAUUUUCUUCAAUUUUUACAUCGUUUCACAAUUGUAUUUUUUUUUGUGUGUGCGCGUAUGAAAUUUGGAACAGGCUUUCGUACAUUGCCAAUUUUUAUAGUAGGAUGUAUGACGUAAUUAGUAUUGACUAUUUUUACAAGAUCUCAUUGGGAUUAAAUGAAGAUGAAAGGAAAACUUUAUUUCUGAAAUUGCGUGAAGGUUAGAAUAUUUGCAGUUGGUACCUUACUACGAUAGGCUACUUAAGGAAUGGCCUACCAUUCAGUUGUUAAAUUUUUGUAACUACUAUUAUGUGUUGUCCCCCCCCCCACACACACUUUUGAAUUAAUUAAUCGCGCAACUAAUUUCCUUUGUUUAUAAUCUCAUAAUUGGAAAAUUGUUUUGAUAAUAAAUAUACUUUCGCAUUUACGAAAAGAACACUUAAAACUAAGGCAAAGUAACUGUGAUUUUUUUGUUUGUAUCCCUUAGACGUUUUAUCUGAAACUUGUGAAAAUGCUUUGAAAAUUUAAAAUGAAACACUUAAUUCUAUUGCAUUUUUGAAUAAUGAUAUGGCAUCCGUUCAAUAUCUCUGACAGGCAUUAUACAGCAGUUUGAAUUAAAUAAUAUAUGAAGACUGGUUUUCAAUAUUGUGCAACUCUAAAUAAAUUUGUAUCUACGUACGUAAUAAAAUGAAGUAAUUCUUUAAUUACAUUCAUCGUGAAUCGAGUACCUUGAAGCUGAAAGUUUUGAAGGCAGAUACUGAAAAUAUUUAAAUGAAACUUUUCAAGUAGAUUUGUAGACACCUGAAGUGUAACAUAUGUAAAAAUCCACACCAUAAAUUAAAAUAAGUCUAUUUCGAUUGAUUUUGAGAAAUGUGAACAGUGAAAAUUUGUUAUUGUAUUUUACAAAUGUGCAUAUAAAUUCUAUCGGUACCUUUUCUGAACAUUAUUCUUGGAAUUCAGUUACUAAAAUUUAUUACAGUUUUUUUUGCAAAUGCAGUUUCAAUGACUGUAAAACACGUAAAUCCUUUCAUGCUUGAAAAUAAACAAUGAAAGCAAAUUAUUGUGCGUUUGAAGUCGCCAGAAAUAUUUUGGUUCAUUGUGAUUAUUUGUGAAAGUGAUUAAAGGAGCUAUUUAAAAUGCAUAUGAAAGCCUAAUUAGCAUGAAGUUUGUUAUAAGUACACAUUACACACGAAUGAUACAGAUUUUUAUCGUACAUCCGUAUUUAAUUAUAUUUUAUUUCAGUUAUUAAUGUUAUUUGGUAUGACGUAUGUGAAUUCUGAUUAGACUCAUUUUUCAUAACUUAAAUGUUUUGAAAUUAGCGUUGUUAAUACACUUUGUCACAUAUGAUUUCCAGAUUAUUUACUUCAUGAAACGAAUCAUAACUUCACUGGAAUACUUUUCAUAACAACGUUUGGUCAGAAUGAAUUUAAUGUGUUUUCCCUACGUGCAGUAUGAGAUAUAAACUGCAGUCCAGAAUGAACAUAAAGUGUAUUCUAGUUUUGAGGAACUGUAAUGGCGCGUGAAAAGUUAGGUUAGGUUUUUGUUCAUUCUGUUUCCUCGUGUUUUCAAUUUGUAAAACUAGGUUGGGGGGGGACACAUUGAACCUAGAAAUGUUUCCGGAUAUGAUACAAACAAUGAGAAUAAAUAAUUUUAGAAAUUCAUAUUCGGCAACCGUUUGUACUUGACACUUGAUAAAUGAAAAUACCAAUUAUAUGACAUUACGAAUAAUAUUUAAUACUACAAACCUUUAAGAUAUUUAAGCUCUUCAAAUCUUGAUGCAUUAUUUGUUCCCAUUAGCACUUUUAUCAACAAAUGGUGCAUCAAAAAUUAGCAGAAGUCUAUGAUAUACUUCUUUUGUUUAAAUAGUUGAAGAUAAAAUCUGUUUGAUCUGGUUUCGUCAUGUAUUUGUUUCAAAUAUUUAAUCUGUUAAUUUUAAACUGUAAUGUGUAUGAGUUGUAAAAAAAAAAUUAAAACCCCAUUUGUUUCAGUUUAAAAAAAAGUAGUGUAUUUAAUUUAUAAUCUCAUUAUGCAGACCAGUUGAAUUCUUACGCGAGUGUGCUAAUACGAUUUGAAUUUGAAUUCUAAAUUACCUUGAAUAUUUCUAUUACUUUCUAAUGGUGUUAUUUGCUGGAAUUAGUAGUGGUAAUACAGUUUGUCGUCAGAUAAGACUUGCUGGAUUAAUUUAUUUUUUUCCUUAACCAAUUAAAACAGAUCGGUCAUUUAUGCAUAUAGGAAAUUUUGUCUAUAUUCUUCAAAAAAGGUUGUAAGCACGGCUGAUUUUAGGUCAGUUACGAUUGGAUAUCUGGUAAAAAAUAAUGUUUUUUUAAAAAACAAAUAUUAUUACUCGGAGCUUCAGUGUAGAUAAGCUUUCAGUAGUCUAUCUCAACCAUUUGCAGCUUUGUGACUAUUUCCAGUCGUAUGAACGUAACCAAGAGACAAAGAGGGUAUAUUCAUUGUUAUGGUGAACAUCGCAAUGCUUUGAUGUGAUCCACACGUCUUGACGUAAGGGGUGGUUUCUUUGAAAUUUGUUUAUU